UGGAAUUGAGGCAUUAUCUAUGUCAUCUCUUUAAAGGUAGCCAAAAAAAAAUGAUACAAAUAUAGCAUUGGUUCUUUCAGAAGUGCUAACCACGUACUUCUUUCUAAUUGAUCAGUGUACAUCCACUGGAGAUGAAAAGCAAAGAUAGAAAGUUCCCUGUAUACCACUUCAAUUCAUUAAAGAAGUUUCUUAGUUUCAUUUUCUGAUGAUAGGUUAUCAAGAUCAAAACAAGUGUGAACUCAUUUCUGUUUUACAUGAAUAAAUAGUAUAUUGAUAUUACUAUGUAAUAGUUUAAACGGUAUAGUGCUAAAUAGAAUGAAAAGAUCCGUCCCAGAAAGUUCAGUUGCAUUCUCUCGCUUUCUCUCUUUAUUAAUAAGUCUGCUUCAAGAUGCUUGCAAGAACCAUAGAGCCUGCACAACCAUAUAUAUAUAUAUAUAGCCUUGAUCUUGGAAGUUGAAAGAGGAUGAUAUAGAAAGGAAGACAAGGAUAGUGGCCAUGGUGUCUAGACAAGGAAGGCAGGAUCAACGGUACAAUCACAAUGGACAUCGUCUUAUUGUCGGGUGCAUUCCUUAUAGAAUCAAGAUGGAUAAUAAACAAAGUGAACAAGUGGAGGUUCUGGUCAUCACUUCUCAGAAAGGCCAUGGCAUGAUGUUCCCAAAGGGUGGAUGGGAGCUUGGUGAAACAAUGAAAGAAGGUGCAUGUAGAGAAGUAAUGGAAGAAGCUGGUGUACAAGGAGAUGUUGAGUAUUUGCUUGGUAAAUGGGGUUAUGAAAGCAAGAGACAUGAUAUCUUUCAUGAAGCUUUUAUGUUUUCUUUGAAAGUCACUGAAGAACUUGUUCAAUGGCCUGAAAUGGUUUCCCGAAACCGAAAAUGGGCUACAAUUGAGGAAGCAAGACAAGGGUGUCAACAUGCAUGGAUGAAAGAAGCACUGGAAACAUUGGUUUUACUCUCGUCUAUAAUGAAAAAAUGGUGAUGUUUUAGGGUUUAAUUUUGCAUGUAUGUCCUUAUGAAACCUUAUAAUUGCAUGACAAUUUUGAUUCUCUAUACAAGCAAUUACUAAUUUUGAAGGGUUGUGUAUGCAAAUAUA